AUGGCUGCCUUCGAGUCCUCGGAGGAACCCCCACCUCUUCCCACGACGCAGGUUCCGUGCCUGAAUAUCUUCAACCGGUAUGCAGUCGCGCAAUCACGUACAUCGCGAGCUUCUUCCGAGGCGAUCGAACUUGAUAGUAGUCCUGGUGCCCCGCUAGUCGCCGAAUAUCUUCAGGGCUAUGCGGGGUUCAUCGCCCAACUUACGGGGCAGGAAAAGAUCGCUUUCGUGCUGGAUCCGUGCAGCUCCGUCGCAGUGCCGCAAGAUCCGGCGACGGUGAUCAUUCUUGCGACCACGAAGACAGGGCAGGAAACAGACAAGUCAGCAUUAUUUCACAUCGACGAGAGGAAAUAUGCCGACUACAACAAAGACGAAAUUCAGUUCCAUUUGAACCUAGCUCAGCUGCAAGAUUGCAACGAGCAGACCCUCUUUCCAGACCACGAACAUCCUUUCACCUUGAACAUUAGAUCCAACCCCGAAACACGCAAGGUGCAACUCAGCGCGGUGUAUCCCUCGCACCUCGUCCCUACCCAUGCCGUCCCACAACUACUGAAGACGAUUACAUCGCACUUGACAUGCUCAGUUGCGGGCUUGCAGUUCCCAAAUAGCGACGAGGGCAGACAUUCCCCCAAUCUUUCCAAGUUGAAUUGGCCUUCACUUGGGAAGCCUCCAUCACGUAGCCAACCAUUUGAUGGCGGCCACGGCGGUCCAUUCCUUCUUCAUUCCAGCUUUAAUACUUUCGCCGAGCGAGCACCGCAUACCCAGGCUAUUGAUUUCAUUUCUACCCUCGCAGGUUCAAGUGGACCUGCAAAGCACUACACUUUGACAUAUGGUGCAUUGAAUACGGCAGCAACUAGACUGGCUGCCCAUAUACGCCAAAGUGUUUCUAUCAGUACUGGUCCCGCUCACGGCCAGUUUAUUAUUCCUAUUUACGCGUCGACCUCGGUCGAACUGUAUAUCUCCUAUCUGGCGGUGCUGAAGGCUGGGUUUGCAUUCUGCCCAAUCCCACUAGAUGCCCCGGCUAGUCGUAUCGCAGAAAUCCUCGGGGACCUAAGCUCGCCUGUCAUCCUGGGUGUUGGAAACGAGCCUUCGUCUCGACCAUGGGAGCUGGAGCAGCUUCAGCCCGCAUGGAUUGAUGUUACGGCGGUCUCACGGUGGAGGGACCUAUCCAACACCACGGAUCAGGCGAAUGUGGAGAAACUAUUUGAGCUCAACUUCCAACCCCCAACUAUCGCCGACCAUGACCUAGCUUAUCUGAUGUAUACGAGUGGCUCGACUGGCAAGCCGAAAGGUGUGCAGGUCACACAUAAGGCAGUGUCAUGCUCCAUAGAGUCGCAUGCGGCAAGCAUCCCUCUGCCAUCAAACGACUCUGACGGAUUUCGCUGGUUCCAGUUCGCGAAUCCGACGUUCGACCCAUCUUUGAUGGAAAUCUUCGUCACACUGAGCAGUGGUGGAACGCUGUGUUCGGCCCCUCGAGAGCUGAUGCUGACAGACCUCGAGGGCGCCCUCAACGAAGUCAGGGCAACCAUUAUGAUGGCUACACCCAGUCUGGCCGGGCUGAUACGCCCUUCUGAGCUCUUGACAUUGAAACAUCUGUGGACAAUGGGCGAGUCACUGAGCCAGACCGUGAUUGACAAGUUUGCUCGGGACUUUACGCUGGUCAACGCUUACGGACCUACCGAAGGAGCAAUCAACUGUACAUUCCUGGGUCCUGUGGAGAAUGGUAUUCGUGGGUCCAUCAUCGGCGGACCUCUUCCUACGUGCUCCAUGCUAGUCAUAGACCCCAAUAACCAUACUCCUAGUCCAGUCCCCAUUGGAUGCGUGGGUGAGCUUGCGCUUGCCGGCCCGCAAGUGAGCAGGGGAUACCUGAAUCGGGAGGCAGAAACUGCAAAGGCAUUUGUCGACAGCCCUGAGUUUGGUAGAGUCUACCGGACUGGUGACAUGGCAAGAGUCGUCUGGGGACGGUCUGGUGAGCUUCUCAUCGACUUUCUAGGUCGUAUACUAUCAGACCAAGCCAAGCUCAGUGGGCGCCGUGUUGAACUGGGAGAGAUCGAGUCGCUCUUGGCCACGGUGGAUGGGGUGGCCGAGGUUGUCACUGUAGUUGUCAAACGAGAUGAAGAGGAAAUUGGCAGUGAGCGAGUCGUCGCCUGUCUGGUGUCCGAUGGCCAGAGCGAUGCAGACAGGAGAGACAUUGUCGACCGCUGCUGCCAGACAGUAAACCACCAUUUGAUUUCGUAUAUGCGCCCAUCGGCAUACCUCUUCCUCCAAAAGCUGCCUAGACUCACGUCUGGCAAGACUGACCGCAAGGCCAUUGGGAGCUUGCUGUUGCGAGGCGAAGACACUCUCGACAUAUACCAGUCCGACAUGUCUGCCCCAGCUGGUGAUGGGCAGCAAUGGAAUUCCAGCAACAACGAAGUCCGCUCAGUCGUCGUAGAAGCUCUGGCCAAAACCGUUGGUGAGAAGGAGUCGGCAAUUGAGCCUGGAGCUAGCCUGCAGUCCCUUGGUCUCGACAGUCUCGGGGCAAUGAAGCUACUGCAAACGCUCAGGGAUAAUUCCAUCUUUGGCCUGGGUGUCGCUGAUGUUCUUCGCGCCCAAACCCCCCUGGCUCUGGUAUCCCUGGCUGUGCAGAGUAUAGAGUCCACGGAGCUGAGGGAAGAACGCGAGAAUAAUCUGGCCAAGACGGAAGAAGACCUGAGGCGAGAGCUGAAGCUGUUUUCUGAACGCAAUGUUGCAACUUGCGCUGGGCGACUCCAGCUCGACGAAGCAGAUAUUGAACAGAUCUUGCCUACGACAGCAACGCAGUCUGGUAUGUUGGCAAGCUACCUGCGCAGCUCGGCGGCAUCGACCGCUACAAGUCGUUCCUAUAUUUAUCACUCUGUAAUGUCCCUGAAACCAGAGGCGGAUCUGGAUCGCUUGAAGCAGGCAUGGGAUGCUGUCAUUCAAAGUUACGAUUCAUUCAGAACGGUCUUUUGCUGGCUCGAUGAUGACCUUGCCCCCUUUGCCCAGUGUAUCCUGGAUCCGAAGGCCUCUCGCCAUCCUGGAUGGAAUAUCUACGCUGCAGUAAAGGGUGACGCUCAACCGGAGGCAAAGACCGAAGUGGCUCUUCGCACUGCCGAGAGAAAUAUUGACAUCCAGCGACACCCCUGGCAAUUGUCACUUGUAUAUCUCGAGGACCAGGUGUGCCUUAUUCUCAGUAUGUUCCACGGGAUCUUCGACGGUGGCUCGCUGCAGCUGCUCCUGGACGAUGUGUCGGCGGUCUAUAUGGGCCAGCAGUCCCAGCCGCGUACAUCGCUAGACCACAUUGUCGACCACCAUUUCAUGGCUGACCAUGCGGCAACUGCUGAAUUUUGGAAUGGGCAGCUCGAAGGAUACGUUCCUGUUGGCUUUCCUUCCAUUUCCUCCACCCGACCGCCUGCAUCUCCAGCCACCCAUGCCGUCGAAGUCUGCUCGCAAAUCGGUUAUGAUCAAUUGAAGCAGGGUUCCAAGAUGAUGGCGACAACACCCUUGUCUGUGAUCCAGGCAGCAUGGAGCUCUAUCCUCCUGGCCUACACUGGGGCGAGCGGCCAUGAUGUAGUCUUCGGCAGUGUGGUAUCCGGACGACUGGACGGCAAGUCCGAAGUCUGCAUAGGGCCGACCUUCACUACCGUUCCCAUUCGACUUGAUCUUGACAGAAUACCCAAGAGCUCAGAGCACUUUGACAGCCGCUCCGUAGCCAGACAUCUCGCUUCACUGAAUACAGAGGCCAUGAUUCAUCUGCAGCCGCGAUUGGGGUCAGUGGUGACUGCAGAGGGCCGGCUUCCGUAUGACACGCUUUUGGCGUACCAGGACUUCAGCGCCAAGGGCACAUCUCCUGCUAUAUGGCAGUCCAUUCACCACCCACCCAUGGUCAAUGACUUCGCAGUGAUGAUUGAGGUUUGGCCUGGGGACAAUUCGACACUGACACUGCGCGCUACCUUUAGUGAGAAGGUGAUGGACCGCGCUGCAGCAGAGAUGAUGCUGGCGCAAAUGGACGCCAUUAUCGCGUCCAUAUUGAACAGUCCCAACGAUGACUUCUUAGAUACUCCUGCGAUUGAUGAUGAACGACUAAAGUCUGGUCUGGACCUGGCGGCGCCUCAAUCUGCAACAGUGUCUGAAGGCCUGUUGCUUCACAGUGCAUUCGAGAAGCAUGUUGAGUCCAACCCUGAUGCUCCUGCUCUGAUAUUCAAGAGAGUUCUGGGAGACGAUACCAACGCCGCAAAUGUCUCCUGGACCUAUCAAGAGCUGGAUUCAAGGGCCCAGGCUCUGGCUGCACAGUUACAUUCAGGAGACUACGAGCUUCGCCCAGGCUCUGUGAUCCCUAUCUGCAUCCAGAAGAGCCCUGCCUUGUAUGUAGCAAUUUUGGCAAUUCUCAAGGCCGGCUGUGCUUGGUGUCCUAUCGAUGUGUCCUCUCCACCGCAAAGACGCAGCAACCUUAUUGAACGCACUGGAGCGAGAGUACUCUUGGUGUCAAGCGCAGACUCAAUCGAAGCCGCAGAGCUGUUGCCAGAGGGAUGUCAGCCACUGAAUGUUGUCCCAUUCACCGAACAGCCGCUCUCUGCUUUCUUCAGUGAUCUCCAACCUCUGAGACAUGAAACCAAGUCGUCAAACACGGCCUAUCUUAUCUGGACCAGUGGAACGACCGGAGCGCCCAAGGGUGUUCCCAUCACCCAUUCUGCUGGAGUGGCCAGUAUAGCGCCGCUAAUGAAGACGAUUCCCCUUGGCACCACUGGAACACCACGGACUCUGCAGCUAUCUGACUCCAUAUUCGAUGUCUCGAUACAAGAUGUCUUUUACACCUGGAGCUCCGGCGGCACCUUAAUAUCUGCGUCCCGUGAGAUCAUGCUAGGCUCAUUCCCAGAGCUUGCAAACGAGACCAAAGCAACGCAUGUGCACCUGACGCCCGCAUUCGCAGCUGGAAUCCGGCGAAGUGCCUGUAAGACUCUGGAAGUCAUUACCAUGAUUGGCGAGAAGCUUCCCCAGCCUGUGGCUGAUGACUGGGGGAAGAAUAUGCGGGCGUUCAAUACCUAUGGGCCAGCUGAGGCGACCAUUGUGUCCACAGUCCGGGAGUUUGGCAAUGAACACAGCACCGUUAAGAGUGCCAAUAUCGGGUGGCCUCUUGAUACCGUGUCUGUGUUUGUCACCAAGGGAGAGAGCCUUCUGAUGAAGCACGCUGUAGGCGAGCUAGCACUGGGCGGGCCUCAACUCUCCCCUGGGUAUCUUGCGCAGGAGGAUAUCACAAAGGCCAAGUAUCGCUGGAACGAGAAGGCCUCACAGAUACUUUACUACACAGGAGAUCUUGUUCGAAUGCUAUCAGACGGCUCCCUCGAAUAUCUGCAUCGGGUCGACGACAUCGUCAAGUUGGGCGGUAUUCGAGUGGAAUUGAGCGAGAUCACAGCGCCUGAAGCAGUUAUCGGCACUGACCAUAGUGGCGAGGCCAUCGUUGACGAGCUUGGAGUUUCCAUAGCCUCUGCAGCACUGGAGGCAGCAUCGUCAACGCUUCCUCCUCAUAUGAUUCCUUCUUGCUGCAUUGUCAUCUCCUCUAUCCCCAGAACGCAGUCCGGCAAAACUGACCGUCGAGCGCUACAGGCUAUAUACGUUGGCCUUGACAUUGACAGCUGGGACAAAGCACUAGGACUGAGCAGUGACAGUUCAUUACCAGCUAUAUCUGACAGCUCGAGCGCUCCGCUGAAAGGACGUAUAAUCUCCACGGUCUCUGCCUUUGCAAAUGUGAAGCUGUCGCUGGUUACCGCAUCCAGUCGGCUUGCAACGCUGGGAAUUGAUUCGAUUCGUGCUAUAAGACUCGCAUCCCGUCUGAACGAGAACGGUGACAACAUUUCCGUUCAAGACGUCCUCCAGUGUCGGACAGUGGCGGAUCUCGUCAACAGGGUCGAGUCUGCGCCGGAAGAGGGCCAGGCGAGAUACGACAUGGGAGCAUUCAACAGUCAGUGGCAUGAUGCAGUGGCCAGAGCUGUAACUGGAGACUUCCACGUAGCACCAGCAACGUCAAUCCAAGAGGGAACGCUGAGCGAAACAAUGGGCAAUGUCGCCAUGUAUUGGAGCAACCACUUCUUUGCCCUGGACCCUUCCGUCGACCUUGACCGACUCAAGCAGGCCUGGCAUGCGGUAUGCCAGAGCAAUGCUGCUCUUCGAACAGGGUUUGUCCCUACUGCUGCGUUAAAAGAGCAACCGGUGGAGGACUCAUCCAAGUAUGGCUUUCUCCAGGUGCUCUAUAAAGAGCACGACAUCGACUGGGUAUACACGGAGUGCACACAGGCUAGCUACAGAUCUGUCCUGGAGGAUAGAGUCAAUAAAGGCAUGGACAAGCACCAAAAUAGCUACUUCAUACAGCCUCCCUGGGCAAUCACAGUACUCGCAACGGAAAAGGAGCAGGUCAUGGUUCUGACUCUCCAUCACAGCAUCCACGACGGCCCCUCGCUGGACUUCAUCAUGAACGAUGUCUACAGUGCCUACCAGUCUUCAGCCCCUAUACGACCAGAGCUGCAGAAGGCCUUAUCGCUAGCCCUCCCAACUCCAACGCAGCAAAAUGAAACGAAUGCGUUCUGGCGCGCUGAACUGGAGCCAUACGCUGAUUCGGAUCCUCCGGCUUGGGCUGAGCUGACAGGCAAGAGGAUGCGCAACGGCGUCGUCCCCAAGCGCAGUUUCAUAUCGGAAUCCAUAUCCCUGACAGAACCAGCAUCUUCACUGCGAGCAAAGGCAGCCGGUCUCGGAGUCGCCUCGAUGACAUCAGUGCUUCGAGCCGCAUGGGGGGUUGUCCUGCUGGCAUACCUGGGAGACACUGCAACUGUCUUCGCCGAAACACUGUCUGACCGUGUUCUUGAUGCCGAGAUGGCAGAAGUCAUUGGCCCUUUUAUUUCGACAGUCCCAGUGCCCUUCCACGCCAAAGGUACAGUGAGGGAGCUCUUUGAUGAGCAGAAUCGUACCUACGAACGGUCGUGGACGCAUCGCCACGUCCAUCCCCGGGAGAUCAGAAUGGCCUUGAAGAGAGCGCCUGGGCAGCCUGUCUACCCUGCUGUCUUUGCUUUCCAUCCCAGUUCCGAUGGAGGCUCGUCGUCUCGGACUGCUAUCUGGGAGCAGAGGGAGGACGAGCUGGGCUUGAAUGUCGAGCACUCGUUUGCCCUGAAUGCCUCUGAAGAGACUGAUGGGACAUUGACCCUUGUCGUGUCCUGUCUAUCGACAAUUAUGAGCUCGACUCACCUAAGACUAUUCGGCCGCCAUAUCGAUGGGGUGGUGAGUGCCAUGCUUGCUCACCCAGACGAGCCAGUGCGUGAGAUAUCUCGCUUCCUGCCCACCGACCUCUUGUCCAUUUCCAGCCCGGAUCCAAGCCCUGCCGUCAUGGAAUCGGUGCAAUGGAGCCCCGCCUGCUGGCUUGAGGCCAAUGCGAAGACGCAUCCAGACUGGCCUGCAGUCGAAGUUGCAACCUCGAUCACCGACGAGGGGGUUGUCAAAGAGUCCAUGUCGUACGCCAAACUAAACUCUGAAGCCAACAAGGUCGCGGCAUAUCUGGCUUCUCGUGGACUCCAGAAUAGACUCAUAGCUGUCUGUGGCCCUCCCAGCCUUCUGCUGUAUCCCAUUACCCUGGGCAUCUUCAAGUCGGGCAACGCAUACAUGCCCAUUGACGAGGGUCUGCCAGACGACAGAAAGUCGGUCAUGAUAGAAGAUGGCGAUAGCCCUAUCGUAUUCACCGAAGCAUCGCUACAUCACACAUUCAUGCAAAUCCCCCAGGCCUGCGAGGCGAUCUGCUUCGACGACCAGUCGUUCCAGGAUAUCCUAUCUCAGAUGCCCUCAGAGGACCAAAUCUAUCCUGCAGGUUCCGACGACCCAGCCUAUGUGCUAUUCACUUCAGGCUCAACGGGAAAGCCAAAGGGCGUGGUAGUAACUCGCAGAAACCUGUCUUCUUUCCUGCAAUCCUGGUCGGAGCUUGUCAUAAACAUAGCCCCAGAGACUCUUGAACUGGGAGGGCGAGGUCGUUUCCUUGCCCUGGCGAAUAGAGCCUUUGAUCCCCACAUAGCUGAGAUGUUUGGGCCUUGGUGUUUUGGGAUGGCCACCUGCUCUGCUGAUCGGACAUUGCUGCUGGACGACCUCCAGCAGGCAUUGGUGCAGUGGGACAUCACUCACGCCAGCUUUGUCCCAUCUGUCCUCGACCAGAUGAAUAUCCUCCCGUCGGACGUUCCUAAUCUCAAGUAUAUCAGUGUAGGAGGGGAAAAGAUCUCACAGAGAGUGCUGGACACCUGGGUGGCCGGUACUGGGGUGUCCCUUGUUAACGCAUACGGCCCGACAGAAGUGACCAUCGGGUGUACUUUUGCCCACGUAAAUCAGGAUACAAACAUGAGGAAUAUCGGGACGCCUUUAUCGGCCUGUACAUGCCAUGUCUUGGUCCCAGAUAGUCUAUAUCAUGCCCUUCUCGGGCAAGUCGGGGAACUUUGCUUCACGGGGAGCAUUGUGGCCAAGGGCUAUAUGGACAGGCCCGAUGCAAAGGGGUUUGUAACAGGGCCAAACGGAGAGCACAUGUAUCGCACUGGCGACAUGGGACGCAUGAUGGCCGACAGCAGCAUCGAGUACUUCGGGCGCAGCGAUGACCAGACCAAGAUACGAGGACAACGACUCGAGCUGGGCGAGGUCUCUGAGGUUGUUCGCGCAUCUUCGCCGGUGGCAGUGGACGUCGUCAGCAUGAUCGUCAAGCACCCAGCUCUGGCUCGAAGCCAGCUGGUCUCCUUUGUUUCUCGCUCCGUGCGUAAUAGGGGCGAUGAGCUGGGAAUCAUCUAUUCGGACAUUGCAACGCUGGCAAAUGAUCUCCGACGAGCCUGCGAGCAGAAGUUGCCUGCCUACAUGGUGCCAGAAAUUGUCCUUCCAAUUACAAACAUCCCCCUCGCGCGACUGUCUGGCAAGGCGGAUUCCAAGGAGCUGCGGCGCAUAUUCGGCACUCUCUCGCUGGACGAGGUUCUUCGUGGUAACAGCCUGGCCUCUGCUUCUGACAGCACCGUCGUUGAUCGGGCGUUGACUGCGGAGGAGGAUAGAAUUGUAGAAGAGAUUGCCAGAAUGGGCAGCAUCGACGGUUCGCUGAUCAAGCCACAUACAAACAUAUUCGAGAUUGGAAUUGAUAGUCUCGGAGUGAUCGGCCUGUCUGUACGGCUUCGGGCUGCUGGCUAUGAUGCGUCAGUGGCAGCAAUCAUGAACAGCCCCGUCAUUGAACAGCUUGCCCUGUUGCCAAAGAAAGAAGACAAUGCUUCUGCUCAAGCUGCCGACAAGGAUUGGGAGCAAAGGCUCACCAGCCUGAAAGACAAAUUCGUCGAGCUGCAUCCCGAGGCCUUGGAUGCUCAAGUGUCAGUGAGGCCCUGCCUUGCGCUCCAGGAGGGCCUGGUGGCACGGUCUAUGAAUAACGACGAAGAUGAUCUAUACGUGAAUCAUGUCCUGCUGAAGCUGAACGAUGAUGUGCAACCAGAGCUGCUGCAGUCCGCCUGGAGACUUGCUGCCGCGAAGAACGAGAUACUGAGGACUGCAUUUGCUCUCCUCGACUCCCAGAUUGUCCAGAUUGUAUUCCCAGCAGAUGCCAAUACUACCAAAUGGGCUGAGCAGAGAUUUGAUAGUGUCGAGCAGGGCAGAGAGAACUUUGCCAGUCAGUAUCGCAGCAUUGCCCGCCAUAUCAUCCAGAACAUCAACACAACGCCGCCGGUUCGGUUCAAUUUCGCCUCGUCUCAGAACGGACAGCCGUUGCUACUGCUUGUUUCCAUCCAUCACAGUCUCUACGAUGGCGAGUCCUUCGGAAUGCUGCUUGACGACGUUGCCAAACACUACUCUAGUGUCUCGCCGCCAGAACGGGGCUCGCCGUCUGCGUUCAUCCAGCAUGUUCACUCGCAGAGUCUCCAGAAAGCCAAGUCCCACUGGGAACAGGAACUAUCGGGCUGCUCGCCAACCCUGUUUAGGCAUGACACGUCUGACGUUGGAGAGCCACUUACUAUCGACCGCACCUCUCUCUCAGCUCUGUCAGACAUCAAGCGCUAUGCAGCCAGCUUGCGAACCACGGUGCCUUCUCUGAUGCAAUCCAUCUUUGCUCUGCUCCUUGCAGACUCUGUCAAUUCCUCUGAUAUCACAUACGGCCUGGUUCUCUCCGGACGGUCUGUCUCUGUUCCUGGGGCCGAGUCCGUCCUGCUUCCCUGUAUCACCACCAUCCCCGCCAGACUGAACACCAGCGGACUCAGCACAGUCGAAGAUGUAAUUGCAUGUGUCCAGAGGACCAGUGCCAAAUCUCUUGAGUAUCAACAUACAUCCCUACGGUACAUCCAGCAAUGGGCCAACUCUGGAAGGCCUGUGUUUGAUUGCCUGUUCUCCUUUGUUAAAACAACCCAGCCCCUGGCCAACGGUCCUUGGGAGGAACUUGCCAGUGAUAUGCCAAUGGAGUAUCCCCUGGCCAUGGAGGUAGAGGCAGACGACAUUCAAGACCAGCUUCAUCUUCACUGUGGCUUUACAUCCUCCUUUGGAUCGCGGUCGCGUGUCGACAAUCUUGUAGAGAAGAUGGACAUUGUCCUUUCCACCAUCACCACUGGGUCUCCCAUGUCUCUGGAGUCUUUCAACCUCUCGCAGACUUCCACUCAGCCCAACCGGUCAGAGGAGAAGGUUUGGAACAACGACAACUGGACAGACUUAGAGCAGUCCAUUCGCCGAAUUGUCGCAGAUUUCUGUGGCCUGAGCAUCGACGUCGUCUUCAAAGGCACAUCUUUCCUGCGACUCGGUGUUGAUUCAGUCACAGCCAUCCAGCUAUCGAAGCAACUGCGUUCGAAUGGAGUCGCCGUCUCAUCCAGGGAUAUCAUGCGCUAUUCCUGCGUGGGUGCUUUGGCACAGAACGUGCUUGAGAAGGCCCGUUCUGUACCAGAUGUUGCUGCACCAGCCAAAAACUCAGAGAUACCUGAUCUUGCAGUAUACGCAUCUCAUGCCCGCCUCCUGAAUUCGGAAGACACGAUUGAAACUGUUUUCAAGUGCACUCCGUUGCAAUCAUCAAUGAUUACCCAGACCCUGGGUCUCUCAGGGGCCGUGUAUGUCCACCCACAUAUCGUAAAGCUGUCCGAGUCCUGCAACCUGGAUACUCUCAAGUCUGCACUUCAAAAGGUAAUCGAUGCCAAUGACAUUCUUCGAACCUCGUUCCACUUUAUUCAGGAGCUUGGAGGCCAGUGGGUUGGUGCUGUUCACUCCCAGUACUGCCCUGAGUGGGAGGAGACCUCGAUAUCUCCAGAUGGCGAUAUUGAUGCCACAGCCCUGAAUAUUCUGCGUCUGGAUGAAGAGACUGCAUUCGCCAUCCCACCUCUUCGAGCAGCCAUAAUCCACCGCUCCAAUGAGCGUUUCUUCGCCAUAGUCACGCAUCAUUCACUGUACGAUGGAACUUCUCUCCGCUUCAUUUUCGAAGACUUGAUGCUUGCCCAUCGGGGUCUUUCUUUACCCAAGCGCUCUCGAUUCGCAGACAGUGCUCACCGUAUCUCGCAAGACCAGGAGGAAGCAUGCGACUUCUGGACAGAGUCCCUCCGCGGAUACAAAGUCACCGAAGUGCCACCUCUUCCGGAGGCAGAGUCGUCGUCACACAUGUUCUUUUCUGAGGCGCGAGUUGACCUUGACAUCUCCGCCAUAGCCAAUGCUUGCCAGGCAUUAGAGGUGACUGUGCAGACAGCAGCACUUAUUUCCUACGCAAAGGUUAUUGCGAAGCUGACUGGCCAGGACGACGUUGUGUUUGGCCAUGUCCUCGCAAGACGGUCUGUAGAUGCCCUCGAUGAAGACCAGACAAUCGGUCCUCUCUUCAAUACAGUUGCCCAAAGGAUCGACCUUGGGUCCAAAGUCACAACGAACCGGGAGAUGCUGCAGCGAUUGCAAAGGUUCUCUGCCGACUCUCAGGACUUCCAGCAUGCAUCCUUGCGCACUAUCCAAACCAGGCUGAGAGAAGCACGCCAGCUUGAUACUGCGUCCGUUUUCGAUACGCUGUUUGUAUUCCAAAAGAGCGCCGAAGGCCCAGGUGGCUUGACUCAACCAAACUCACUAUGGACGCCAUUCAACAGUGUCGAAGCACUGGAUGGCCAGGCUCAGUACAAGCUGAACGUGGAAGUCGACCAUGGCGACGACGGUAUUGUCGUCCGUGCUUCAUGCCAGGGCCAAUUUCUCUCUCAACGCAACCUGGACGAUGCCCUGAAAGCCUUCAGCCAUGCAUUCUGUGACACAAUAACCCAGCAUUCGCGCUCUGUGACAGCCUAUCCAGGGUAUUUCGAUCUCUUGCCCAGUCCUCCCACUAAUGCCUACAAAGACACAACGGUCCUCACCUCCGACGAGCCAAGUCACGAACGAAUUGUUCGAAAAGUUCUAUCCGAAAUCUCAGGGCUGCCCAUCGAUGCCCUCCAACCAAGUUCCAGCAUUUUCAGCAUCGGUCUGGACUCUGUGUCCGCCAUUCGUGUUGCCUCAGAGCUCCGCCGGCAAGGUUUAGCUGCAGGCGUCGCGGACGUUCUUCAGGGCAGUACAGUUCGUGGUAUUUCUUCACGACUACAGCCGAGCCCUAAAAAGCAGGAUUCUUUGCAGAGACCUCUGAUUCCCGAUAUAGAUCAAAUUCAGCCAAUGGUUCUCGAACAGAUACGACGAGCCCCAGAGGAGGUAGAGCUGAUCCUCCCUUGUCUAAAUGGACAGAUGUACCAUUUGGCUUCCUGGCUCAAAUCCAGACGGACACUCUUCGAGCCUGCCUGGCCGUACGCCUGUUCUCAGCGCAUUGAUAUCGAACGCAUGCAAGACGCCUGGGCCCAGCUCCGCCAGCGAAACAGCAUUCUUCGAACAUGCUUCGCUGCGAUAACGCCAUCACGAGCGGUUCAGGUUGUUCUCAAGACGGCUGCCCGCAAUGAUGGCACAUUCCAGGUCAUCUCAAGCUCUGAAUGCCUGGUUGAAGCUGCUCGAACGUGGGCCAGGAUUGAGUCAAUACACCCAUCGACUCUGCAUUCUCCCCCAGUCCGUCUACGUCUUAUCCAGGCCACUGACCGGGAUGGAUUCCUCUUGCUUGUAAACCAUGCAGCCUACGAUGCCUGGUCCAUGCCGAUGAUUGUGCAACAACUGGCGGACAUCUACCUUGGUGUCUCCGCCAAAUCGACCCCUGAGUUUGCCUCCUUUGUAAAUUUCACGACCCAGUCAACAAACAUCCCAGAUCAGGAUAGGUAUUGGGAAUCAGUUAUUGGGGAAAGUUCUCCAACUCUCCUUGGCUCGUCUUAUACCAAUGGCGCGCAUACCAACGGUACAGUAUCCGCCCGCCGCACUCGUCAGCUAUUUGUGGGAUCAUGGGAGAAGAUUCCCAACCUGCCCUAUCUCGAAAAGACUUGCCAGUCUGCAGGCGUCAGUCUUCAGAGCGUCAGUCUCCUGGCAGUAUCUCGCGUCUUAGCUCGCCUGGCCCAGGUCUCCAGCCCAACAUUUGGCCUGUAUCAGAGCGGUCGCUUAGCAGCAUUCGCUGGCAUUGAAAGUCUACCCGGGCCAUGCUUAAACGUCACUCCUUUUACUGUUCAUGAUGUGUUGUCAGAUAAUAGUCUGCUGGCCUCAGAUACGGUGGACGCAGUACGGUCAAUCCAAAAGUCCCUGGCGAACCUCAUUCCCUAUGAACAGACCUCGCUGCGAGAGAUAUUAACCAACUGGGUGAAUAAGAAUCCCGCCACCCCAGUACUCUUCAACGCCUGGGUCAAUCUGCUCUGGACUGGGCAGUCUGCGCCUCAGUCAGCCAGUGAGACCUUAUUCGAGCCUGUUCCAAUCGGCGUCCCAACAGACUUUAUCCUGCCGACAGCUCCAGCAAGCCUCGACACGGAGCAAACUAGUGUUGAUGCAUUGGAUACAUCCUACCUACCAGAUCAGAACAUUUGGAUUGAUAUCGGCCCUGACCCUCGCACGCAGACAAUCGGAUUUGGGGUUCGCGUCGAGGGAGGACUGAUGAGUGAGUCGGAGACCCGCGCUUUCGUCGACGGCGUUGCGGAAGAGAUUGAAGGCUUGACGUAA